AUGGCUGGUCUGUCGCUGGCCUCUCGGGGCGUCCACGCGGACGACAACAUUGCUGUGCACCGGGCGGUGGCUCCGGCUAUGCAUGUCAGCACCACGUUCCGAUACAGCGACGACCCAGAUCUCCUGAAGCCGUUGGAGUACACUGAUCCCGAUGCCCCCCUAGAUUCUCACGUCUACUCCCGCUACUCCGCCCCCAACACCACUCGCCUCGAGGCCAUCCUCACUUCCCUCCUGGGUGCCCCCUCGCUGACCUACGGCUCCGGCCUCUCUGCCUUCCAUGCCAUGCUCGUUCACCUCAACCCUAAGCGAAUCGCCAUUGGCGAAGGCUAUCACGGCUGUCAUGGUGUCAUCAAGGUCCUCUCCCGUCUCACGGGGCUCCAGCAGCUACCCCUCGACUGUGCCGUCGAGGACCUUCAACCCGGCGAUGUCAUCCACGUCGAGACGCCCCUGAACCCCACGGGCGAGGCCCGCGAUCUCGCUGCAUAUGCUGAGAAGGCUCGUAAGGCUGGCGCCUACCUCACCGUCGAUGCGACGUUUGCACCGCCCCCGCUGCAGAACCCCUUCCAGUACGACGUCGACGUCGUCAUGCACAGCGGCACCAAGUAUAUUGGCGGCCACUCUGACCUUCUGUGCGGCGUGCUGGCUGUCAACCCCAAGCAUGAGGGCUGGAUCAACUCUCUGCGUGACGACCGACUUGUCCUCGGCUCCGUCAUGGGCAGCCUUGAGGGCUGGCUGGGCAUCCGUUCGCUGCGUACAUUCGAGCUGCGAGUCACGCGCCAGAGUGCCACGGCCUCCGCAGUCGUCGCUUGGUUGGCCGAGCAGCAGCGAGACCCAUCCUCGGUGGUGAAUGCUCUCGUUGAGCGCAUCCAGCAUGCUAGUCUGCAGCCUGAAGCAGCCGUCGAGGAUAGCUGGCUGCGGCGCCAGAUGCCGGGCGGCUGGGGCCCCGUUUUCUCCAUAUAUCUCAAGGAUGAAGACGCAGCAAAGCGGCUGCCCAGCAAGUUGCAUCUAUUCCACCACGCCACGAGCCUGGGUGGUGUGGAGAGUCUCAUUGAGUGGCGCGCCAUGACAGAUGCUGGCGUCGACAAGCGGCUUUUGCGUGUAAGCAUUGGCGUCGAGGGACUGGAUGAUAUCAAGCAUGACCUGCUCCAGGGCCUGGAGGCUCUGAGAAAGGAAAAUGGUGGGAAAUAA